CAUAGCUAGUGUCUGUGGCUAAUGUGGUGCUCCCGAGUGCGAUUUUUCCGACGCGCCAAUGAUGCGUAAGCUAACGCGAGCUUCGUUGGAAACGCCCAUCUUGCAGCCGCUGGGUAGACUGAGCAACUAAAGCAACAUGCCACUGUCAGUGGUGCCAGCCGUAGAAGUGUCUGGCCUGGUGCCCUUUUACCCAGAGCUCGUUAACAGUGCAGCACAGGGGAACUUGGAGAACACUGUCAAAGGACACAUCAAGCAAUGUGGCAAAGAGGCAAUGCUGAGUUGUGGCUCGCUGCUGCGUGGCUACGACAUUCAGACGGGCCAACCCUACAUGGAACUCCAAGUGGGGCGGCAGGAGCGGCCACUCGUCGGGCCGUUUGUGGAGCUGGUGCGAGGCCGUUCCACCUACCUGGUGGUCGCCUUGAGUGGUGGUUCAGGGGGACCACUACUGUGCGUGUGUCAGCCGGUCAGCGGGCGUGUAGUGCGUGCCAUUCAUCUUGCUGCACCGGUCACCAACCUGUGCCUGGUGAGCGCCCAGAGACUGGGCGUCCUGGGUGGUGGCUGUGUGGCUCUGGCCACCGAAGACCGCUGCUUGCUGCUGCUGGACCUGUGCUUGGACAGUGCCCAUCACUACUCGGAUGAACUGAGGCCCGCCAGCUUGGUGCGGUUGGAGAGCGUCUUUUCUGAUGAUCUGCCAAACAUCUCUCCGGUCCAUGGGGACCCCAAGCACUGCUUUGUGCCCCUCUGCAACUUGGAUGAUCUUGCCGAAGUGGACGAAAUGGCAGUGUCAAAUGGUGACAUGGAGGUGACAUGCCUGCAGUGGCUGCCGCAGCUAUCCUGUCUUGGCAUUGGCUUGAGCUGCGGCACAGUUCACCUCUGGGACAUCCACAAGUCGUCUUCCAAGCUCGUGAUAACCCUCCAGUCAGACCUUCCUGUGGUGUCCCUGGCCGUGCAAGAGCCCGAGAAUGACCCCCGCUGCUGCUGCUACCUGUGGUCAGCCCAAACAUCUGCAGGCAACACAUUGAGCAGUUUUGCUGUGACGUCAAUGCACGCACUGACCUUUUCGAAGAAGGAGCUCGGCGAGGAUGGGCACCACCGUUAUAAGGACUUGGUCUCCGGUCGCCAAAUGUUUGAGUAUUCGCUGGUGCCUGACGUGGUGCCAGAUGUGGAGUGUACUGCAGGCCUGUCUCCACGGGACGGAGAGGUGCUAGGAUCACGCAUCCUGUCAUUCCGCACGAUGUGGUCACCAAGCAACACAUGCUCAACCAGCGAAAGGCCAAUGUCGCCUGCUGGCACUGCGAGGCCCGGCUUGGAGCAUGUGGAAGACCUACUGGUUAUCUCCUGGCAACUGGUGCGGGGUAGCCGCGUACUGGGAACAUACCUGUCAGUGUUUGACAUCAACCAGUGGUACCGGGCUCAGAUGCCACGCACUUUCAGGUCCAACGCCUUCCAUCUGUGCUCAUUUAUUGGUCUUUUUUCACUUGAGGAACCAGUUGCAAAGAGUGGAAAUCGUGCUGUCUUGGAUGUACGAGUGCUGCAGUCUUCAAUCAAGAGGUUUCACUCCCAAAACCCCAUGGUCGAUCAGACCCACUUUCCCUCUUCUCUGGAAUUCACAUGCGUCUGCUUGACGACUGAAGGCACAGUUCAGGCAUCCUUUUUGGGCCUGCAGCGACAGUUGCUUAACUACAUGAACACGGAAGGUCCAUCGUGUCUUGGCAGUGCCAGCGAACUCUACGUACAUUUCACCAUCGUUGGUCUCAUCAGUGACAGCUUUCGCACGGGAGGAUCACACCUGAGUCAAGCAGUGGCUCAGAAAGCGGUACUGAACGUGGCACUGGAAAACCGUCUAGUAGGAUUCCUGGUGGCAUGCCUCCGCGCUCACUUGUCUGGAGAGCCGCUGCUGCCGUUGAUGUUGGAGUGGACCUGGGCCAAGGUCAAAGAAAUCAAGCAGUCUUUAGACAUUCUGUACAUGCCGCUGUUUGACUGUUCCGGUCAAGAUGUCACAGUGAUUGGGUGCCGCAUGUCGACACACCUUGAGGAGCUGCGCAUCUUGAACCGUCUGCUGGAGCAGGCGUUGAGCAUGCAGGCCGACAACCGGGAUGUGCUGUGUGUGUGGCAUGAGGUUACGGGACUUCUGGCGGGUCACCUGUCGGUCCUGCUGUUCUUGGUUCAAGCGGGGCUGCUGCCUGAACACCACGUGGGGGAUGGGCUUUCUUACCCAUACGCCAUAUUGAACACUUGGUGCCACCAGGCCAGGAAUGACAUGGGUGGGAGGCUUCUGGUGGACGUGCUUGCGGAGGCAGUCUUGCAAAACUUGGAGAGCACCAACAGUGGUCACCCUCUGACGACAUCCUACCCUCCGCUUAACCUACAGAGAGCCACUGAGCUUUACCUUCAGCGUGGCCUUGAAACCUGGGAGCCUCACGCAAUCACUUACUACCUUCUGUUGGACAUCUCUGCUCUCAUCUGUCAGGAAUAUCCAGAGGUCAAGGAAGAGCUGGAAGACUUUCCAACUGUGUUCCACCUGGGAGAGGACUUGCAAAGCCUCAUCCAGGGCAUCUGGUACCUCGACCAUGGUAGGCACAAGGAAGGUACAGAGAAGCUGCUGCACGCCAUGUCUGUGGUCACCCUGGGGAUGCGGCCAUUGCUGGGCACCCUGUGGACUCCCGUGGUGCGCCUCUUGCUACUGUGUGGACAAGCGUCCCUGGCUCUGCUCUACCUUGACCACAUGCAACCCUUGUCCACACACGAGCAGAUGUCCCUGUGCCUGGACAUCCUUCUGGCCAACUGUCGGGUGGUGGAUGCCCUCGAGCUGGUCCGCAGGCACAGCCAUCUGUCCAGCCUGGAACAGCUGCUCGGCUGCAUUGUCCAUGUGUCCAGAAAAGCCCCUGAACGGGAGGCACACGCACUGUUUGAGGAGCUUCUGCGGGUGCCCCUGUCGGCCGCAGAGGAAGACCAGCUAAUCAACUUUUUCUGCGAGCUGGCCGACCCCAUGUGGUUGUGCCACGUCAUCUUGCACUUUCUGGAGUGUAAGCGGCCACAAGCCGCCCUCUUGCCAACUGCGGCCCUCCGCGAGCUAUUCCGGGAGGGGAAAGCACAGCGGUCGUACCGGCCUGACAUCCGGCAGCGAGCCUUUGCAACAUUGGAAGUGACGCAGAGCGUCUUGCGGCUCAUGCCAGUGCCGGUAUCGCAGCUGAAGGCGGCAGCACGUGUGCGAAGCCAGUCAGGCCGACCUGUGCAGCACCUGGGAACAGUGCCAACGCGGGUGCCUCACAAGGGCACAACACCCCGGCUUGUGACAAAGGUGGAUAGAGUGCGCGUCACCAUGGAUCCCACUGAGGCAUCCAAGCCUGUGAAGCUGCCGAAGCCUCCCAACAGAGGGUUGGCAAAAGAAUCGCAAGCGCCAACUCCUCCAGCAAGACGUCGUCGCUCAAGCCUCGUCGGCAGUGGUCUUGAUGCUGAAGCAUGCGCAAUGCUGCACACACCUCCUGUCAAGCCCUGGCAGGGCCCUACGGAGGCAACACCGUCUGCAGCGCAGCCAUCAACAAGCACGCCAGCCUCCAUCUUGAAACGCCGAGCGAAGGACCUUCCGCCGGUGGUGACCGCCCCGGCGGCUGGAAGCAGCGCCGUGGAGGGAGAUGCGGGCACCUGCCCGACUCCUCUCGCGCUGGACGAGAAUGUCUGCCCGACGCCAGAUCUGACGGUCCGGAGGCUGAGGUUUGCUGUGUCCGAAUCCUUCAGCUCGGAGAAUACCCCCGACCCUGAUGCAACUGCCGAAAGCAUGGAGGAAGAGCAGCCGUCUUUUGUCUCCCAGUCUGAGGAGCGUGUGUCCGCUGAAGAGCAGGCGAGUUCACCCAAAGAGGAAGCAAAUGGGUCGUCCGACCGUUCGUACCAGACUGCCGCAGACAGUGAGGAGGAGGAAUGUGGCACGGACCUACAGGACAGCCCAUCAGAACCCGUCCCGGUGUCAUCGACAGCAAAACAACACCUCCCUGCUUCGGAAUCUGUAGGCACGAGUCUGCAAGUGGAUGUUGGCAGGGCAGAGGUGUUGAAAGCAAGUCCACCUUCCCCUGGGCAAAAGGGACUGCUGCCGGCAUUCCUGAUCUGUGAGACUGCGAGGCGCUUGCAGGGGCCAGCUGUGCUUGACACCACAUUUGCUGAAUCACCAGGGCCUGGUGAUCAAGCAGCAGCACAUCGGCCUAGUGACAGCAGCCUGGCAGCCACUGCUGUGCCAUCGAGUCCUGCAAAGAGUGACAAAACGGCUGACAAGGACGAUCUGGACGGGACUCCGUUGGCAGACGAAGAUGAGGGCACGGGAUUGGAAGGUGAAGAUGUGCCGCGGCUUUCACCAAUAAUCAUAGAGCCAAAUGAAAAGCCAGCCGCUUCGCCCGAAGAAAGUGCUGCGUCUCAGAUGUUCAAGGGCUUCUCAAACGAGCGCGCGAUGUUGGCUGAGCCAGUGGGAGGCACUCUCCUGCAAGCCGAUGAAGGAACUGAGCUAGCCGACGAUGUGUCACAUCCGUGCUCUGAGGAAUCUUCAAUGACCUUGCCUCCUAUGCCACCAUCCUCGGUCACCGAAACCCAUGCUACCAGCACCAAGUUCACGGUGGUGGAAGAAGAUUCCUCCGAAAGUCAUGUGUCUCAGCCCUACUCUGAGGAGUCCACAAUGUCCCUUCGCUUACCAGCGUUUGCAACCUCCAAGGGGCACACUGUCGCAGGGGAAGCCAAAGCUGCCGAAGAAGUGAUUGUUAUCAGCGCCUCUGAAGGUUCUGAAGUCUCUGAAGUUGAGCAAAAGGACAACGACGAGGUUUACAUCGUAUCGGAAGCCUCUUCAGAUGCACUUACAGAAGUGCUUCCCACUCGUGUAGAUAGUCCGGAGGACAGCUGGUCACGGAGCUGCAGCGAAACCGCGUUGCAGGAGGGUGACGUAGUGCUGACAGAGCUGACCAGCAUGCCCUCUGCGCAGCUCGCCGAACCACUCGAAAUGCCGCGGGAAUCAUCAGUGGGGCUGGUGACGGCAGCGCUCGAUGUGGAGGAUGUGCACGUCGAGCGGUCACUUCCAGGCUAUGCUGUCUGCCCUUCGGAAGAGGAGGGGUCAUUGCCAAAGCCUGAAGACCAUUUCCAGGCAACGGACCUGCCAGUAACUCCAGCGCAGCCUGAAAAUAGGGCUGUUCAAGAAUCUUAUGGAUUUGUCCCUGCAGUAGACAGCCCACUUGUUGUAAGACCCGAGUGUGGCGGUGGAGCUACUUUGCCAGAGGAGAGGGCAUUAUCGCCCAGCUCAUCUACGUCCUCUUUUUCUGUUGUCACCACCUCGAAGCAGCCACCAGCACCCACUAGCGUUGUAGCUAGUGAUGCAGAGAGUGAUGAAGAGAGUGAUGAAGAGAGUGAUGCAGAGCUCUCUGAAGAGCCACUUUCACCUGUGGCAUCAUCAGAGCACUCUUCUUCUAGAGGUGGCCAACACGAGACUGCACAUGACAGCUCUGCAGAAAAGACCCCAAAAACACCCAAGCAUAAGGCUGAUUUUAACAAGAGCACCGAAAAAGUGGUUGUGACUUCCUCCUACAACUUGAGGGAGACACGAAAGUCCACUUGGAAGGAAGAGGAGAACAUGGCAAAUCAGUUUAGGUCACAACGAAAGAGUGGGCCUGCGUCACCAUUUAAACCGCCACCUGCGGCCAUUGCCACCAGGUCAGGACCUAGCCGUGACUCGGACACGAGCCCUGAAAUUUCAGUCGCAUCCAAGCGGAGAACCCGGGCAGCGAGUGAGGAACCGUCAACACCACACAGCCGUUUAAAAUCCAAAGCAGUGGCUGACUCGCCUAGUAGGAAGCGGGAAAAAGCAAGCUCGGUGAGCCCAAAGAGCAUAAUGCAAAGUUCCAGAGCAAAGGCACAAACUCCGAGUGCUAAAGGGAAAACCACGAAAAAGGUUGCCACUCCGGCUGCUGCUGGCAAACCGUCGAAGAGACUAGCGACGCCCAGACCAAGGAGAACAUCUGCAGCACCUAGCUCGAGAACGAAAGCAGGACCAUCACCCGAUCUUGAAAAAGGCAAGUCACCCAGUCCCACUAGGGCGUCAUCCACUAGUCCUGCAAGAACACCUACGCGCCGCUCAAGAAGAAAAUCUGCCACUCCAAGCCCCACGAAACAAAAGGCAGCGCAGCGUGCGACGCAGCAGUCUGUAGAAGGUAGCCCCAAAUCAAAUAAAUCUGCUGCUCCUAGGUUGCAAGAGAAGACAUUUGAGACGUCAGCUCCAUUGAAGAUUUCCUUGCGUAUGCGCAGUCAUGCUGAGGCAAGCAUGCCUGGCCGUACGGAAAAGACACCCGAAAAGGUAGUGCCCAGCACUAGAGCUAUUGGCACGAGGCAGAAAAGAUCGGCAACGCUUAGUCCACCGGGGCGAACUGCCCGUACACUAAGCCCUGCACAGGGAUCACCCGUACACAGUGCUGAAAAGACAAGCCCGGAGAAGGCAGGGGCCCCGAAGAAGAGGAUGCGCCACCAUUCUUCACCUUCUGCAGUUGCUGAGCGGGAGUCGCCACCAGUGCCUGGGCCCACUAAGGGCGAGACGCCCUCCAAGCGAGCAAGUAGCAGGGUGUCGAGAACACCAAAGCAUUCUUCAUCAUCAGACGUUGCAAAUGAGCCACUACCAGUGUCAACACGGCGUAGCUUACGCCUGACGCCAAACAAGCAGCCAGAAGCUAAAGAACAUGAGGCCGACAAGGUCAAGCUACGUGGUACUCAACGCCGAGUCCUUGAGACCAUUGUUGAAGUCGACGCCUCGCCGACCAAAAGCGACACGGAAACAAGUCCGACAGGGCCCUCUACGCGGAAGGGUCGCCGGAGUCUGUCAGCCGAGCCCAACCAUAGAGCACCACCAAAGCGAUUGCUUCUGGCUACACGGCGCACCCGCCGGGUCUCUGGUAAUGUGGCAUUGGCCACGAUUGCUGAAGCCCCCGAGGUAGAAAAGGAACGGGAGCCACAGCCAGCCACCUCAAGGCAGCAGGGAAGUCGUCCCAAACGCAAGGCCGACACAGAGCUUGAUGCUGAGGGGUUCAAACUUUCCAGACCAAAAGAGCUUGCUCACAAGGGCUCCAAGUCUACUCCGCCGAAGGGAGAGUUUAUGUUCUCGCCUCCUGUGACGCGCUACCGCCAACAUAAAAACCAGCCAUCUGGAAAGCCAGCCGAUGCAGAGUCGGCUCCUUCUACAAGCAAAGAGCAAGCUCCGAAAAGAAGCGAUGGACUGCCACGGCCUCUUGCAGGAAGCAGCGGCAGCGCCUCGAGAUAGUGACAGCACUAAUGAAGACCCCGCGUGUGCGCACCAGAGUACCCACAGCCGGCAACAGCAGCGGUCGCACGCCACGGAGGACACCAAGGACUAACUCGUGACGUGCGCAAGCCCGAAACACCGGAAAUUUCUUUGCCUGCAUCUUCUAGCACUGCCAAGAGUGCAAAGAAGAGCAUGAAGAAGAGUGCCGAGUAGCUAAAUCCUUGCCCUCAAAUUGAGUGGGCUCUGCGUUAGAGCUUGACGAGACGGAUGAAGCUAUCUUGUAAUGGUGUAUGGGGGAUGUACAUAGGUGCAGUAGGGCUUCCUUUUUUUUCUUUUUGUAAAUGUUAGAACAGUUUUUGCACUACUUAUGGCCAUUGCUAUGGAGAAAAAAAUUCAUUUUGUGUUGGGACAUUGGGUCUGAUUUCACCUUCUACAGUCUUAUUGGAAUGUGACAGACUACUUGUUACUGUGACUAACUUUCCCGAGCUCUGUCUUUUAAAUUGCAGUAAUAAUACAAAUGCAACUUGUGCACUCGGGCCUGUGCUUGUUGUCACCAUGAAUUAAGUUCAAUUUCAAGAAGCACAGCACUGCACACAACAAAACGAGUUUUUUCUUGCUAACAUUUCAUUUUAGCACCUUAUGAAUUGACGACCGUGUAAUGAACUCAUGAAAGGACACAGGCAUUAAUUUUUUGGAACUUUUUGUUCAUUGUGUUCUUCUGCAGAUACCGCAGCUUUUGCUUUGCGACAUGCGCAGGUUAGCGCAGAUUUGAUUUGCAAUAUGUGGAAGUGUUGCAGCAACCUGCAUUUCAAAUGUAUUUAAAAAUGGUAUCUUGGUUUGUGGAUAAGCAUUGUUAUAGUAUGUUUAUGAUGAUUUAGUAAGUGUUAAUCAGCAAAUGGAAUUGUUGCCUAGAAAUUCAGCUGUAUAUUGCAAUGUAUAAAAACAAUUUCGUAAUUUAUCAUUCGUCGGUCGUUUUACUAGCCGGAAGGAGCUUGGGAAGCUGGCUUUGGAAGUGUAAUGGGCUAUUGCUCGUGUUGCGAAUUUGUGUAAACACUGCCUUGUGCUGCAGCAGAGGUGUACAGAAUUAAAGAUUGCAAUGUUUGAGAUAAUAGUG